ACACAUGGUGUUGAAGCGCGCUACAUGAAUGUAGUUCACUCUUUUGAGUUGUCUUAUCUACUGUUUCUUAAUGUCUAAAGAAGUAACAAUAUGUCACUACAUUUUGUGAUUGAAUUAUGAUAGUAGAUGGUCGAAAUCUGUCAAGUUAAAUUCCUUAUGAUUUUGAAAUCAAGUAUAAUUAUUGUUUAAAGGAUUCUUAUUACGAGAACAUGAAUGAAUCAUUUUCACAGAAACAUGAAAUUUCGAAAGCUCUAGUUGAAUUAAAACUUUCAAUUUUUGAUACCUUGAUUCAUGACAAAAUAUGGAACAGAGUUGCUAAUGAUAUCCUGAAAACUCCGUCUUUUGAUUCCAGUUUUGAUAAACGAAAUAAUCUUAACACCUUGUCAAUGAUCAGGCUGUUACCCAGUUAUGAAAACCUGUUGAUCAAUUUCAAAGAAAAACUACUAAAUAUAAUAAAUUCCUGUCAACCAAAUGAUUAUGAGGAUUUAAUGACAACAUUAUAUAAUCAGUUGGAGUGCAAUGAUAAUAAUGAAAGUAAUAAACAUCCAAAUGAUCUUUUACAAUUAAUGCCAUCCUCUUCAUCUAAUCAAUACACAAAACAAUCAAUUAGUGAUCAUAAUGAUAAUGUUAGUGAGAAUAAUCAUUUUUCAUCUGAUGAAACCAAAUUGAAGACGAAAUCUUCACGUCGCUACUCAACAUUUUCUAAUUCUUCAUCUGUUUGUAUACCAUCAAAUUCAUCAUCUUCCUUUACAUCAUUCUGUUUAUCAUCAUCAUCGUCGUCCUCAUCAUCAACUGAAGGUAGUUCAUUAACUCUAUGCCCAAUAUCUUCACCAUCAUUACAACCGAAGAUAAUGUCCAAUACAUUAAAACAACAAAUCAAUAAAAUUCCUCAUCAUCAAAAAAAUAAACAUAAAGAUGUUAAGAAAUCACAUAGACAUGAAAUCCAUAAUGAUUUAUCUGAACAAAAUUCUAGUAAAGAUCUAUUUCAACGUCCAUCAUUGGAUAGUCCUUCAAAUAUUCAUAAUGCAAUUUAUUCAUUUAGUGAUGCUGAUUCUACAUUUUCCAGUUGUCUUAAUAAUGUUGAAUUUACAGUAAUGAAUCAAGAUCAAUUAAUUAGUUUGGCCAGUGCUUUAGACAGUCGUUCUAGUCGAUUAGAUUGUCGUCAAAAAGCUUUAAAACAAUUAGUUCAUUUACCAAUCAUCGAUGUACAAGCUUGUGAAGUUUGGAUAUAUUUAAAUCAGAAUAUAGCAUCUCAGUCUCCACCUUUGAUGAAAACAACUUCGUUCACAACACAGAAGCAAACAACAAGAAAAACUGUAUCAUCAUCAUCGUCAUCUUCAUUCUCAUUGGUCAGUCAAGAUCGAUCCACGACAAAUAAUAAUAAUAAUAAUAAUAAUAAUAAUAAUUUACCCAAGUUAUAUUCAGUAACAAAUACUCCUGAUAUAGUAGAUCAGAUUAAGGUUGAAAAUAAAACUCCUCGUAAAUUACCAUCAUCAGCCUCAUCAUUACCCUUAUCAUCAUCACUGAAGUCAAAAACAUUCAGCGUUGUUCAACAUAGUAUGCCAACUGAAGAAAACCUUUCAACUGAUGAUAAUCAUGAAAAUAAUAAAAAUAUAUCAAUCCGUACUACCAGUAAAAAUAAUAAUGAUAGUAAUAGUCAUAUAACUAAUAAUAUGAAAAUGAUUACAACUGGUGGUUUAAGACGUGGUUUAGCCGAUGCGUUAAAUGAUGAAGAUGAUAUUUUAUGGAGUCUUUCAUUACGGUAUAUAAGCAAAGGACUUUCAACUACUCCGCCAAAUAUUCGAGAAACUUACAGUUUAUUAAUUGAAUAUCUUCAACUACAAUUCACUAAAAAUGCUCAUCACUACCCAUUUCUGAAAGACGGUGUUGAUUUUCAACAAAAUCAUAACAAGAGAGUUUUAAGAGCAUGUUAUUUAAUGAAUAAAUUUCAUCAAACAAUCCCUUUUUAUUGGAUUCGUUAUUCGGAACAAUUCGUUAACGAAAUUAUUGGAAAAUGUUUGAAUAUUUUAUCUAUUGGUUGUGAACAAUUUAAUCAUGAACAAAACUAUCAUCAACUUCGUUUAACUCCAUUUCAUUUAUUUAGUCUUGUGGAUUGUGAAGCUAAAUGGUUUAUACAAUCUUCUCAUGGAACCUAUUGUUGUAAUGCCUUGAUUGUUCAAUUAAAGAAUAACUAUGAAUUAUUUGAAUUUAGUGUCUUAAUAUGUCUAAUUUAUAUGAAUAAAAAUAAUGCUAACAAUGUAGUUUCAUUGAAAUAUCAAGCGUGUACAAAUGAUCCAAAUAAUAAAUACUAUUAUACUUAUAAAGAAUUAAUCUAUACAUCAUUCCUUCAUGCUAUCCAUAUAAUAUGCCGUGUUCUAUGCUUUUCACAUGGAAGAAAUUUAUUCCCGCUUAAAUUAAAACAAUCAAAGACAAUAACAUUGAUAAAUGUAAAUCAACCAAUCACGGUCAAUUUAUUUUUGUGUACAAUGUUACAAUUUUUGCACAGAACCAUAUUCGCUGUAGAAGAAAUCCAUCAAACUUAUCAUCCUUUUAUGGUAAUCAAAAAUUGUUUAACUAAAUUAACUUUAUAUGAAGCAGUUUCUAGAAAUUGUUUUACAAGUGAUAAUUUGUCAAAUAAAAGCAAUUUAUCUAAUUUCAAUAUUAUCCAUGUUCAACAACCACUAUGUCUACAGUCUUCAUCAUCGUCUACAACUGUGGAAGAAGAUGAUUACAUCAAUUUACUUAAUUCCAAAGGAGAUUCUUCAUCAUUUAUAUCACUAUUGAUAAAGUAUCUAAUAGAAUUUAGCCUGAAUAAGGAUACAAUGAAAAUAGAAUUAAUGGAUUUGCAUAAAUUUGAAAUAUUUGUGGAAGUCUUCCAGAACAUCUUAUCUCAUAAAACUGGUCAAAUAAUUUUACAGAAUCUAAUAAGUAAGCCACUAAAUUUGAUCAGUAAUUUGCUAGAUUUCACAAUGAAACUUUUGUAUCAAUCAAUGGAAAUGAAAAACUUGUCUUCAUCAGUUGAUGAAUAUUAUGUUCUUUUGUUGAAUAUAUUAAUCAAAAUUAUUCAUUGUGGUCAGCAUUUAACCAAACGUGGAACAAGCUCACAUUUUGAAGAUAUACAUGAUUUCAAUUCUGUACUGAUUAAAAUGUGGUAUCAGAUUACAGAAACUAAACUGAUGUCUGAAAUAAACUUCAAUAGGAUUCAAGAAAACUUCUUAAAAGAUUUUCAAAACUGUUUAAUUUAUUCACUUGGUAGUCCAAUCGGAGUUGAAUUAUUCACUAAAUCAAAUUUGUUAAUCAACUUUACAAAAUUUUUACAAAAAUAUCUUGUGAAUGAACAUAAUAUAUCUUUUCGUCGACCACAUACAUGUGGUUUUUUAUUUAGUCAAUUAGCAUUAAAUAAAUCCAGUCUCUUGGCUUUAUCUCAAUCAGGUAUAAUUAGUUUAUUAGUUAAACAUGCUUGGCAGUCAAUUGAAUACUUUGAUAGUACAGGUCAUGUUAAUUUAACAGGGAAUUAUUCUACGGUUAAAACAUAUAAUCCACCAAUUUGGUCUAUUGAUCCCAUUGACAAAAUAGCAUAUAAGCCGUUUGUCAAUUUGGUCAGAGUUACAACUUCAUAUGAAUGCGUAGAAAAUUUACUCAACCCUAUGGAUUUAUUAACAAAUAAAGAAUAUUAUGAUUUUCGACUAGAUAUACCUACUAAUUUACCUGAAUUUUUUGAUCGUGUAAUAUUUGUCAACAAUAAUAUGGCUAAACUGAACUCAUUGUUCAAUCCUGACCAAUGUCAAGUAUUUGGUUUAAGAUUAUUAUCGUGUAUAAUAUCUUGUUUGGAUUCACUUUUGUGGUUUGAAGCAUAUCUCAAUCUAUCCGAUUAUUUGUUAAACUGCCAAAAUAUGGAAGAAUAUCUACCAACAAAUGUAAAUGUUAUGUAUGAUACAUUGACGAUUGAACGUAAUUAUCUACUUAUGAAAAUAUUUUUCAUUGGUGGACCAACUGAACGUGAAUUACCACCAAGAAUACUUUGUCAGCAUACUAAUAAUAUAUAUCCAUUUAUAAUGAUACAAAGUAAACCCGUCUAUGAUAAUUACUAUUACUGUACUACACCGGAAGGUAGUACCAGAAUUGAUAAUAAAUGUAAACAAUAUCCAUGUAUUAAUUGGUACAAUGAAAUGUUUCCUACAGCAUCGAUUAAAUCUCAACUCUUAACUAACUUAUUACAAAUUGAAUUAAUCAAUCAACCAAUCACAUCGUUUAAAGCAGCAAUGGAAUGGACUAAUCAAUGCCAAACAAUUUUAAAGAAUUAUAAUGGAAUUAUGAAACGUGGAGAAUUCAAUUUGGAAAAGAAAAAUACACUUAUUGGAAAUUUUUUGGAUCAAUGUUUACUAACAAUGAAUUAUAUGGAUGAAUCGAAUUCAUGUCUUCAAUCAUUGGUAAAAGCUAACACUGAAGAAAUAAAUGGUUUCACGCUUUCGAAAAUGGAUGAAAUCGCCGUCGAUUGGACAAUACGUUACGGUCUACGUAUCGGUUCACUGCCUCCUAUAUUCGAUUCAAAUGAAGUAACCUAUUCAGAACAAUAUAAAUUUUAUUCGGAACAAUUUCGUAAACUGUUGUGUACAAUUCGACUAGCUUUUAAUAUAGAGAGACAAUCAACAAACAAUAAUCAAAAACUCUCAACAGACGAACCAUUUGAUUGGUUUGUAGCUACAAUAUUUCUUAUCUAUCAAGGAAAUAAUGAUCAUGCAUGGAAUUUUCUUUGCAAAUAUUCAUCAUUUUUACAUUCAUUAUACUUAUGGCCAAAUAGAUGUAGAAAUCUAGUUAAAUAUCAUAAUUUAUUUUAUAUAAAAUCCUGUCAAUAUUUUGAACAUUUGUUAGCCCUUGAAUGUCCAAAUGUUUUCAACACGUUUGUUAUGGCUGAGAUGAGUCCAGCUCAAAUCUAUUUACGUUGGACAAAUCAAUGUUAUUGGAAUUAUUUUGAUUGGAUAAAUAUUGUAAAUUAUAUAAUCGUAUGUUUAUUACAUCCAAUACAUUUUCAAUUAUAUUUAAAUCUAUGUAUUAUACAACAUCUUAAUCCUGCUUUAUUACAUAUUACAAAUGAACAAUCAACAAAUCAAAAGCAACAACCAGAACAGUUGAUUAUAUUUUUACAAGAAGAACCAAUUAGAGGAUUCGAUUAUCUGAAACAUUUUUCAUAUAUGUAUGAAUUAAAUAAAAAAUAUACUGAACAUCUUGAUAUGUAUAAAUUGAAUUGAUUUUGAAUGAAUUAAUCAUUCUGAUC